AUGGAGCUCCUACGCGCCUCUCAGCCUCCACAGCCAGGCGCGCACCAGUUCUCGCUUCGCCCUGACCCCGCAAGGCGGCGCAACGCGUCUCGCCGGCCGAAGGUCCCGCGCUCCAGGCCGCCUAAGGACCCCCGGCCGGCAUCGGAGAGGGUUUACGUUGCAGUGGGAAGGUCGACGGAGAAGGGCGCCCGCUUGUUAGCGUGGGCCAUCCGUCAGUUCGGGUGCGAAGAGAUAUGGCUCCUCCAUGUUCACCAGCCAUCGCCUAUGAUUUCCACACCCCGUCAGUAAUUCGCAGCCUUCCGCACCCAUUCACACAUUCUUUCGGCUUCUUCUCAUCAGAUGUAUAGGACGAUUUCCGUCGUUAAUCGACGCUUCCCGCCGGAUUCCAGUUCGAAGUAUAAUUAUAUAUCUGGGAGUCGAAUUCUGGUUUCUCUCCCGCGAUCUUUGGCUUCAACGUUGGUCUGCGGAAGAUCAUUUCUUCUGUCGAUGCCUAAUAGUCUCUGUUAUUCACGGUGGGGAUCGAUCUAUGCAGUUGGGAGAAUUCCUGCAAAUCAAGUUAACGAGGGAGCAGUGUCUGCGUACCGAAGGGAAGAGAUGAAUGCUACAAGGAAGUUUCUGCAUAAUUAUCUCAGUAUAUGCAACAAGGCUCAGGUGAUUCGGCGUUCCUCUCUCAUUUACAUGGCUAUUUUUAUCGCUGGCGCAACAAUCGCGGAGAUGGAACUUUUGCUUAUUCAUCUCAAUUCUUGUAUGAACUAUUUUCCUAUACAUUCUCGUUCCACACUUUGGCGUACGAAGCUCAUUGAAUGCUGGUAUCAGAAAUUGGGUACGGCAAGAGUGAUUGAUUCUUUAGUGUUUACACCUAUGCAUCCCUGGAAGCUGUUUUCUCUAAGGCUUGGUAAUUUUUUUAUUUGAAGUAUGAUUUACAAACUUAGUUUACCCCUGAUAACCUUGGGGCCCCUGCCAAGACUGGGUGAUCGGCGGUAUGUCGGGAUAAAGGGCUAAGAAGACCCGGAAAUUAAACCUCAAAAAGUUCACCAGCCACUAGUUAACAAGCUGAUUUCAAGGGAAAAAAAAGGAAUCUAUGAGAUAAAUUUGAUUAAGAAUACGAGAAUCCGUCUGUGAUUUUAUUUAAUUGGUGUUUGUCUUUCGAUUAGGCAGGCUCAUUAAAUUCUCAUGAUUGUGUUCAUUGACUUUUAACUUGGAUCUUGGGAAGUGAAGGCCUCACGAGGCAGAAUUUAGGUAAUUGUUAAAUAAAAUCGCAGACUCCCAGUGAAGUAGUCAAUGAUCAUUCUUAUUCUGGAGCCAAGGCCUUUGAUGCCCUUCUGAAAAAUCCUUCGUUUCUUAUUUUAUCAUCUGCUAUAUGAGAGAUGGAACAUGGUGUGGUACAGGUGCAUGCGCGCGUCAUCAUGAUAGAGAGUGAUAAUGUUCAAAAGGGAAUUGCUGACCUUGUUUAUCAGAAUGGUAUCAGGAAACUUGUCAUGGGUUCUUCAUCAGACAAGUAAGUGGUUCUAUGUGAGAAUUAAUUCUAAUUUUUCUUCAAUGAUGAGCCGAUGGCCGUGAUAAUAAUGCAGCUGGAUGAUUUAGCAGCAUUCAGUUGUUUGAUUCAUUUUUUUUUUUUUGCGAUCUUAAAUUUUGCAAGCACAAAUGUGGGAUUCAUUCGUAGGAUCCUUGGUGCGCUUGGGUUCGAUCCAAGCUCACAAAGUAAAGAAAAAAAAAGAGGCGAGGAUUCAUCUUUUUAUCAUCAAAGAUCAGGAAUCUCUGGUUGUAUUUGAGAAUUUUUCGCGAGAUUACUCCCAGGUGAUUGUUCAGAUUACUGUAGUGGGCAUUCGUAGUGCAGGAACUCUAAUGUAAUCCUCUUUAUUAGUUUGGACCACGAAGUUUUAUCUACGAGGAUUGCAUCUAAAGUCUUUCCAUCGAAGGAUAUAUAAAUCUGCUGUGACUCCUAUAUUCGAACGAGAAUCAUAUCAAUAACUUGUUUCUUCAUAAUCUCUAUGCAGUGAUUUAUUGAUUUUUUUUUUCGUUCACCUAAUUUCUUCUGAAAGUUUCUGAUAUGCCUACCUCAGUUUCCUGGGGUUGAUGAGGGGCUGGAAGAAGGGCUCAUACGCUGAGAAAAACCUUGCUCCAUCUUGUAAAAUAUGGUUCGUCAGCAAAGGUAAUCACGUAUGGAUGAGGGAGGCUUCUGAGGAACCGAGUUCUGUGACUGAAAUUGGAUCCAUCAAAUGGUCGUAUUGCUUAUCUGGAGAUGUACUGGAUCGAAAGGAAGACGGCAGCUCUGCAAUUUUCGACCCCUGUUUUUCAGAUAGUAGUAAUCUACCCACGUCCACAGGUUCAUUGAUUCCCAUUGCUCCGGCAUUCUUGCUUGGCUCUGCUGAUGAAGGAAGCCCCUCAAAGGUAAGAAAACGGCGAGUUUCUUGUCGGUUUGCUUCCCUGACGAAUUCUCCGAGAUUGAUUCUGCUGGCCUGGGAAGAGCAGGCAUUGGAUUUCCUGCGCAAUCAGUUCCUAGAAGCUCUUGAAGAAACUGAGAGAUCAAAGAAAGAAGCCCAUGUGGAUUCGAUGAAGCGGUCAAAACUGGAAGCAGAGUUUCCAGAUGCCUCCGUCUGGGUAAAUUAACUGUCUCUGUUACUUUAUUUUGUUAGUACAUACAAAGCUGAUAGCUUAAUGCGGGAGUUAUCCCUGGGCUCUCUUAGCCAACUCUUUGGUUUUGCCGGCCAGGAAGAAACGUUGAAAUCCGCCUGUGCGUCCGAAGUCAGACGUAGGGACGAACUUGAAGAAUCAAUAAGAGCCAUGAAGAGAGAACAAGAACGGCUCUCGUACGCGAGAGAUGAAACCUUGGGAGAGCUACAACAUGCCCUGAGAGAACUAUCUGUCAUGGAGGACCACGCUCGAGAAAUCAAACGGCGUCAGGAGGAAGUGGCUAGAGAGAUGAGUACCGCCCAGUCAUCUGUGGUGAAUCUGAAGGUCCACAGGUAUCAGAUCAGACAGAAGAACGUGGAAGCUGCCCAUUGGUGCACUCUCUAUGAGCCUUCCAUUUGCGAUGGGUUCAUUGGGGUUGCCCCAUUCGAUCUGAAAGAGUUCUCUAUGCCGGAACUAGAAAGUGGGACCUGUAAUUUCUCAGAUAGCUUCAGGAUAGGUCAAGGGGGCUCCGGUUGUGUCUACAAGGGGGAGUUGCUGGGUAAAACUGUGGUGGUCAAGCAAUUGCAUCAUCAUGAUUCCCAAGGUCGACUAGAGUUUCACAAGAAGGUGCGUAAAUCUUUCACUUCCACCUUUUUUCAUCGAAAAAAAUGUCAUUUUCUGUGCCAUUUUGCUUAUUUUUUCAAAUGAGGUCAUUACCCAUAGCUGCUGACUUACCUCGUAUAUUGUUAUAUUUAGCAUGAAUAAUUCCGUGGAGUUAAACUAUAGAGAUGUGAUUCUAUUCAUUGGUGGUGAUUAAUAAAGAUUCAUUCAAUCCCAUUCGCAUAUGCAGGCCCAUGCUCUCAGCAAACUCAAGCACCCACAUCUUGUGAAUCUAAUCGGCAUGUGCCCGGAAGCCUGGUGUCUCGUCUACGAGUACCUGCCCAAUGGGAGCCUCCAAGACCAUCUCACGGGGAGAACGAAUGCCGCCCUGCAGUGGAAGGUCCGGGCACAGAUUGCUGCAGAAAUAUGCAGCGCUCUCCUUUUCUUGCACUCUUCCAAGCCCGAGAAGAUCAUCCAUGGCGACCUCAGACCCGAAAGGAUCUAUCUUGAUAAUGAACUGAGAUGCAAGGUCGGGGAUUUCAGCAUCUGCAGAUUUGUCCCGGAGAAAGCCAUGCGCCGCAUCUCCUUCAGCAGCAGCACCGAAUCAAAGGAACGAUUUCCUUAUUCGGACCCUGAGGACCGAAUAACUGGCGAACCAACGGCGAAGUCUGAUGUCUACGCCUUGGGGAUUAUAGUUCUCCAGCUGCUCACUGGGAGGCCCCCGUCGGGGUUGGCCGCUGAGGUGCACCAGGCGGUGCUAGGAGGGACUCUCUCGUCGAUCCUUGAUCAAACUGCCGGAGAUUGGCCACCGAUGGUUGCGUCGAGGCUCGCACAAUUCGGUCUGUGCUGCAGCAAGACGAAGGCCCGCGAUCGGCUGGAGCUGGCACCCGAGGUUCUGAGGGAACUGGAGCAAUUACUAGCGCCGGAGGCCAGGCCGGUGCCCUCGUUCUUCUUGUGCCCUAUUCGUCAGGUACCACUUCCCGCGCCUUCUGAUUUCCUCUCUGCCGCCAUAUUCGUCGCGGGUCUGUAGGAACUUGGGCUAGAUCUGGGUAAUGGCGACGAUCAGUUGCUAAAUUUGGUCCAUGGCACGACCACACGCAGGAGAUUAUGCAGGACCCGGUUGUGGCGGCGGAUGGCCACACUUACGAGGACGCUGCCCUGCGCGGAUGGCUGCAUGGUGGGCGAGAGACGUCUCCGAUGACCAACUUGAAGUUGGAUAAUCUGGAGCUCACUCCCAACCAUGCUCUCCGCUUUGCAAUCCAGGACUGGCUCUGCAACCCCAGGUGA